AUGAAGUACGCUGCCUCCGUGCUGCUGGCCUCUGCAGGCUUAGCCACUGCCCUCGUUAAGCAAUGCAGCAGUGGUGAGGCCGUCAAAGAAGGCGGAAUCUGGUCCUGUGGUGUCGUGAACCAGAUCCUCUACGAAGGGAUCCAAGGCAAAGGCAGUUUCAAGGCAGUGACCGCCAUGAGCGCUUCUGGGAAAUGUCUUCAAGAAGAUCAGUCCUACGGCGGAUCAUUGGCUCCAUUGGACCAAGGUCUCUCUGUUCAUUUCCGAGGACCUCUCAAACUCAUGCAAUUCGCCGUCUACUACCACACUUCAUACCAGAAGCGUGAUCAGGUCGAUCCUGAAGUCGGCGUUGGCAAAUCUGAUACCGAAGUCCUAGCGCAAGAAGGCGAGGUCGAGGCUGGCCUCGAGACACCCAAGAUCUCGGCACGACAUAGACACGGCCACCGGUUUCUACACCGUGCUCAGCGGGACAAGCGAGCCGAUAUUGUAACUGCAACCAUCAACGGCGAGGUUGUGACAUGGGAGAACAACUACUUUGGUCCUGCCGCCACACCCAACCCUGUCCCGGCCCCGGUUCCCAAGGCCCAGGCUGGCGCAGGCGCUGCUGUUAAGGAUGCUGGUGCCGAUACCAGUGCUACUGCUAGCAAGAAGCCUAUUACUGACAAGAAGCCCAAGGGCAAGCCUGCUCCCUCAGGAUCCGACUGGGACCGUGUGGCUUAUUACAACGCCGAGGAGCAAGUUUCCGAGAACAUCAUCUUCAUGGGUAACCACGGCGGCCAGGGUUCUGGGGCUUUCGACGAAGUCUGGGGCCUUUCCCUCGCGUAUCUCAACUCCACUGGCACCGGCGGUGCCUCGUCCCCCCAAAUCCUCCAAAACAUCCAAAUUCCCUCCAACACAGAAUUCUCCAUCUUCUCGGCGGAAAAAUGCGAUUCCAGCUGCGGCUUCUCCCGCGUCCCCGAGAUCGCCUACAAGGGCUUCGGGGGCGCCAACAAGGUCUUCCUCUUUGAGUUCAAGAUGCCCUCCGACGGGACGCGCUGCCCGGCAGGCGCAAACCCCGGGUCCCAAGACUGCGCAAACCCAGACAUGCCCGCCAUCUGGGCUCUCAACGCUGCGAUCCCCCGCACCGCCCAGUACGCGAAUUGCUCGUGCUGGGGAACGGGCUGCGGCGAGAUCGACAUCUACGAGGUCCUGGCCCCCGGAGACACCAAGUGCAAGAGCACCCUCCACUUGACCAAUGGCGGGGGGAGCCCGGAUUACUUCGAAAGGCCGCAGGACGAGUAUAUCAAGGUGGCCACUGUUUUCCAUGAACAGACGGCCAGUGUUUCGAUCAAGAAGCUGCCGGAUCAUGUGGACUUUUCAAAGGGCCUGGAUGACGAGACUGUGUUGUCGUGGUUGAGCAGGCCGACAGAUGAGAAGGCGCGUAAGCUGAGCAGCUUGUUCCAGCUGUCGAGCUGA